GGCGGCAGCGGCCGGGCCCCGCGCGCUCCAUGGCGGCCGCUGCCGGCCCCGACGAGGCGGACGAGGCGGUGCGGGGAACGUGCGAGGACGCGUCCGUCUGCAAACGGUUUGCUGUGAGUGUUGGCUACUGGAAGGACCCUUACAUCCAGUAUUUUGUGAGACAAGCCAAAGAAAGGAAAGCACCUGAGAUCAACAGAGGUUACUAUGCCCGUGUGCACGGAGUCAGUCACCUGAUCAAGGCUUUCCUGGAGAGGACAGAAUGCAACUGUCAGAUUGUAAAUCUUGGGGCUGGCAUGGACACCCUGUUCUGGAGGCUGAAGGAUGAAAAUCUUCUCCCUAGAAAAUAUUUUGAAGUGGAUUUUCCAAUGAUCGUUGCAAGAAAAAUACAUAAUAUCAAAUCAAAACCUCCCCUGUCAAAACCAAUUAUGGAAUCCCAUUCAGGGGACUCUCUUCUAAUAGACUCCCACAGCCUGGACUCCAGUCGAUAUUCCAUAGUGGGAGCAGACCUCCGUUUCCCAUCAGAUCUGGAGGAAAAGCUAAAGAAACAUAGCUUGGAUAUGCAUUUGCCAACGCUGCUGGUGGCCGAGUGUGUGCUGGUUUACAUGACCCCCCAGCAGUCUGCAAACCUGCUCAAGUGGGCAGCGAGCGCCUUCCCCGUGGCCAUGGUUAUCAAUUAUGAGCAGGUGAACAUGAGGGACCGCUUCGGGCAGAUCAUGAUCGAGAACCUGCAGCGGCGGCAGUGCAACCUGGCCGGGGUGGAGCUCUGCGCCUCCCUGCACUCCCAGAGGGAGCGGCUGCUGGUGAGCGGCUGGGAAAAUGCCCGUGCCAUCGACAUGAUGAAGGUGUACAGCUCCCUGCCACAGGCUGAUGUCAAAAGAAUAGAAGCCCUUGAAUUCCUGGAUGAAAAGGAGCUGUUUGAACAACUGAUGCAGCACUACUGCAUCUGCUGGGCUUCCAAGGACAGCAGCAACCUGGGCUUCUCUGCACUGUCCCCAUUUGCAGCCAUCUGACACUGAAGUUUUCCACGCCGCUUUCUCCCUGGGGGAGAAUAUUCCCUCUGAAAUGAGCCCUUUUACGUGUUCCUUUUGUUCUUCAAAUUCUGCCUCUCCUGGACUGGGAUUUCUGUGAAAGAGAGACUUGUUUUAGGCUUCCUGUAGCAUUUGGAUGUUGCUGCUGCUCAAGACGUGAUAAAAUGGGAGGAAUUGUUGUUUGGCUGAAGGAUGGAUGUGUUUGUCCAGAUUAGAAAGACAACGCUGCUGCAGUCACAGUUUGUCUCUGCUUCUGGCUGCAAUUUCAGGGACUCCAGUCUUUCCAGAAAACCUCUGCCUGCUGCUUGUAUCAUUUCCCCCCCUCAUCCUCUCUGCCCUUCCCCUGCUCCUGACAGAGUAUCCAAGAGCAGAUUUUAUUGACUGUUCUCCUGCAAAUGGGAAUAGAUUUGGUCUCUGCAGCCUGCCUGGGCAGCGAAGCCUCUGACAGAGCUGGUAAAGGGGAUCUUCAAAUAAAAACUGGUAAAAGGAGCUCUUCAACACCCUGUUGCUGCUGCUGUGACAGAGCUGCUGCCUUGUGCUGGUGCUCUCCUGAGUCCCCCAGAGCUGUGAGCUCAAAACCAAUGUUCUCUGUGGGAUUUCUUCAGGCUGGAAAGUGCUGACUGGAAUACACAACUUAUUUCAGAGGAGUUAAUGCCCAAAAGUUCACCUGUUAGAGCAGCCCCUGUUUUGGGGGUGUCAGCAAUGUGAUUAGAGAAGGGCUGGGGGCAGUUUGGGGUGCUGAGGUUGAGGGGUGCGGGGUAUCUUAGAAUUUACAAAAGUCAGCGAUCUCAAAGGUGAUAAUCAAGUGUCCAAUGGACAUGGCGUGGGUAUGCCUCCAUCUAAAGCAGGGCUCUUUUAUCCAGAGGGAAUUUACUGCCCUCAUUUAUGGUACCUUCCCCUGCUUUGUCCUCCUGAUUUCAUGGGCAGACCCCGAGGUUCCUGAGCAUUGUGUUGUUCCCUUCUGCCAUGCAAAACUCCAGUGCUCCUGCAAAUUGAUUUCAUCAAAUGAAUUGCUGCAUCGCAAUCAAAACAGGGUUAGAGAAGUCCAGCCCAGCCUGUUUCCUGCUUUCCUCACACCAAAUCCUUUAUGCUUAAAUUUAAAAAAAAAAUGAAAUAACUCUCCAAGCAUCUUUCUUGCUGCACGUGGCUGCCCUUGGUGCAGUGAAGGGCAGGGAGGGUGAGAAGAAACCCUCCUUUCUUCCCUCAA